AUGGAGUAUUACGAGCCAUGGCUGACGGAAAAGGAGAUGCGCGAGAAAACUUUCCGUAAUGUAAUCGCAAUAUGCAACGAGGGCAGAGACUUGACCGGUUUAGGAUGGCUCAUCGACACGGCAGAAAGGCCUCUUGGCUCAAGAGGUGACUGGCAACCAAACUUCAUCGAUAUGCUUCUGCUCGGUAACGACAACGACUUCUUCGCCCGUCUCAUCAACAGAACGACGCUGAAGGACUCCGACGAAGUCUUUGAGUUCCAGGAAAUCGUCCUUUCUAGUUUCAUACGGGAUGACGGUGUUAGCGGUUGGCGGUCGUUACGGGACGUGGACGCAUUGUCCAAUCGCCAGUACUCAACGGUCCCUGCUUCGCUACCUCCACCAAAAGCCUCGGCAGUGGCCCCUAUGACGGCGGGGAAGCUGAAGGAAUUCUACAACAGAUACAUUGACUGUAUCAAUGAAAAGACAAUGGAACGGGACUUUGACCAAUUCUGCCAGCCGGAGCUUUCGCAUAAUGGUCGCAAGCUCUCGAUCGCCGAGUACAUACCUCUGAUCAGCGAGAGCCAAGAAGCCAUUGAGGGCCUCGAAUUCUGUGCCUACCCCGUCAUCGCGGUCGAAGAGACGCAGCAGAUCGCGGCGAGAAUCGAGUUUACGGGAACUCCCGUCAAGGAAUGGGGAGGCGCGAAGCCUAAUGGCGAAGGCGUCUUCUUCGAGGAGUUUGUUAUAUAUCAGCUCGAGGAUGGGAAGAUUUCGAGUGUAUGGUCGGUCGUGGACUUGGAAGCUUAUCGAAAAUGCAUGGGUCCUGUACUCACGUACGAGGAGCACUUGCGCGAACCUCGUGAGAGGAUCUCUGAAGUGGACAUAGACAAACUUUGGGAUGUGUAA